CUGCAGAAGAAAAUUGUUGACAUUCGAUUUUAUUGAAAAAUCUGUAAAUUUGUAAAAAAAAAGAUAAUUACAAUUCGUUUUAAUAGUUUAUGAAUAAUAUAAAUAUGGCAUCUUGUAUGUCAGAAAAACAAUUACAACAAAAUAAUAAUGAAACCAUGAAUACAAGUGAUGACGAUGAUGGCCUGAAGGAUUCAGAAUUAGAGGAAGAUACUGACAAGACGCAAUUUCAACAGGCAGAAGAAAACUUUAAUUUUCCGAAUAGUAGCACAUGCUGGGUUUGCAAUGGUUACUAUGGUCCCAAUUUCGGAGAGCCUUUGUGCGGCACUUGUCAUGCUUUCUUAUACAAUACUGAGCCGGCCGAAGAGCUGGAAACAACUAUAUCUGAUGAUGAAGAUUCUGGCAAUGAUGAGCCACCAUUUAAAGAUAAAACUGAGGAAAAUGAUGAUGACGAUGAGCCGGAAGACGAAGUAGAUGAGGUUGAAGAAGAUAGAGAUGUCAAUGAUGAGGACGUAGAAGAUGUUGUAGAUGAUGUGGAGUUGGAAGUGGACAAUGAUAUGAUAGAGGUACUACUUGUCGAGGAUGGAGUAAAUUUGGAAAAUGAUAACGGCGAAAGGCUAUUGCCGCCGGCUUUACCACUAGAAAGACCUAGACCUUCUGCACCACGUUCCUUACCACAACUUAUGGAAAUUUUGAGUGAAGCUCGUGCCAAUGCUUCCGAAAUGGCUAUCGGCUCUGUAUCACUGGCCAUAAGACCCAAUAAUAUAUUAUCGUUGCCAGUCGAGAUUAUGGUUAUCAUCUUUUCCUAUUUAGAUGAUAUGUCUAUGUGGAAAGCAAGCGAAGUAUGUAAACAAUGGCAAAACAUAAUUGCUCAAAAUACAUCCCAACAAAUGUGGCGCAAAUAUUUCAAGGAACGUUGGCCUCUCUUCCAAACUUUGGUUGAUGUCCAAGAUUGGAUGAAACUUUAUGGUUCGUUGAUGUCUUCUUGUUUUUGUCGUACUUGUCUUUUGCAGAUGGCUUUAAAAACGCCACCCCGCGGUAGACAAAAUGCCAUACGUGCAAGUUUCCUACGCAAUGACUGUCGUUUGUUGAAUAGUUAUGCUACUGAAGGCAUAGAGGCUAUACCCUUGGAUAAGCAGAAUACAUACUUGCAGGCCAGUAUUUUGGGGCCACCUGGUAGUCCUUAUGAAGGUGGUAAAUUUUUCAUAUUCAUUUUCUUUCCAGAGAGUUAUCCCAUGAUACCACCAACUGUUCGUUUUUUAACAAAGAUUUUGCAUCCAAACGUUUCCCGGCAUGGUGAUGUAGGUAUUGAUAUAUUCCAACAUAACUGGUCAUUGGCUUUAAAUGUUUCCAAGGUUUUACUGUCUGUACAAAGUUUAUUAACUGAUCCUUAUACAGAGGUCUGCAUGGAACCAGAUUUAGGCUAUAUGUAUGAACACAAUCGUCCACGCUUUGAGUCGUUGGCUAGAUCUUGGACUUGGAAGUAUGCUAUGUUUGAGCUAAUACCUCCCCGUUAAUUUCAAAGCGGUUUCCAUUCUUCAAAACUUUUUCAAAUAAAUUUUGAAUUGUCCUUUUUUCUUGUUUGUUUAUACUCUUAUAUAUUGUUUUUUAUUCCUUAAGCUUUUUAAAUGUUUCAUUUUAUUACUUUUUUAAUUUGAUAAUUUCGAAAAUGGAUUCCUUUUAAAAUUGUUCUUUUAAAUGAAAAUUAAAAUAUUUAUGCAAUAAGUUACUAUUAUUUUAGUAUGUAUUAUAUCUUAUACGAUUAUAUUUUGUAUAUGUUAAGUUUUCUUUUCUCUUAAUUUUAAGCUGUGCCAUUUCUUUCAUUUGGAAUUUCAUUAUUUCUUUAGUUUUUUCCAAAAUUCAUUUUGUUCGAAUAAAACAAUCAUAUUAUAAACAUUUACAUUAAUUAGUAUUAAACUAAAUAAACAUAAACUAAAUACUUCAACAUUUUUGCACAAUAACACAAUAAUAUCUCAAAUAUAUUGAAUAACUCUAAAAAUAUAUAAA